AUGUCCGACCAAAACGGGACAUUCAGUAGCACCUCCAAACCCUCAGUGUUGAUAGUGGGGGGUCUCGGGUACAUUGGUCGCUUCUUGUCAAAAUAUAUUCACUCGCAGAACCUAGCCUCCUCCGUUCGCCUCGUUGACAAAGUCCUCCCCCAGCUCGCCCAUCUUGCUCCAGAGUUCAGCGAAGCAUGCUCCGCCGACAAGUUCAUCCAGGCAGACGCCUCUCGGGAGACCUCGAUGGCCCGUAUCUUCGAGCAUCCCGAUGGGCCCGACAAAACCUGGGAUUUUGUCUUCAACUGCGCCGGCGAGACGGCUUGGUCACAGACUUCGGAGAUCUACAAACUGCGCUCAUGGCAGCUGAGUGUGACGCUGGCGAACGAGGCAGCUAGGCGACGCGUCAAGUCUUUUGUUGAAGUCAGCACAGGCAUGGUUUAUGCUCCGAACCGUGCUCCGCGAAACGAGCAAGAUAAAUUGAAGCCCUGGCUUAAGUUGGCCAAGGUGAAGCUGGAAGCCGAACAGGAGCUGUCGAGAAUACCGGGCCUGAAUCUGGUCAUCCUGCGUCUGGCACAUGUCUAUGGCCCCUAUGACUCGAAAUUCAUUGCCAAAGGAUUGUGCCUGGCUCGUGUCUAUCAGGAACAACAGAAGGAGCUGAAAUGGCUCUGGACUGAGGAUUUGAGGAUCAACACAGUUCACGUGGAAGACGUUGCGCGGGCGUUGUGGGCCGCCGCUGUGUGGAGGUCGCAGAAUUCGAUCAUCCCUUCAUCAUCUUCUCCUACAAUCACUCGAAGGCCGACAUUGACUAAGGGAGAGGACGCCCCAAGUGGUAAUGUGCCCAUUUUCAACAUUGUGGACCAUGGGGAGACGAGCCAGGGGAAAUUUGCCGACAUUGUUUCCAAAGUUUUCGACAUAAGAACCGGCUUCCAGGGAACAAUCAUAUCCUCCUUUGCAAAGAUGAAUCUCGAGCACGUCGUCGAUGAUCUCAACGAGGACAUUCUUCAACCGUGGGCUGAUAUGCUCGAGAAAAAGGGCAUCACGAAACCUGGUCCCCUCAGUCCAUUCUUGGAAAAGGAGUUGCUCAAAGACACAGAUCUGAGUCUUGAUGGGGGUCUCUUCGAACGCGUCGUGGGUUUUACCUACGAGCGGCCUCAGCUGACCGUGGAAGGCGUGAGAGAGAUGAUAUCAAGUUAUGAGAAGAUGGAAUGGUGGCCUUGA